AUGAUGGAACCCGACAUGGGAUUGAAUGGAAUGGAAUGUGGUGAAGUGGAAAGAAAGAUGGAAAGACCUCUAUGCCAUACAUUCGUACCGCUACCCACCAAAGCCUUGGCAUAUUCGUUUAAUAUCUGGGCGGGGCAGCUGACGAUGACAACCACCCACGUGCUGUCGCUUCCCUUCCGGAAGUCGACCCAGCUGUCACUGUCGCGCGCCAUCCAGCAGUACAUUUCCACCAAAUACGACCAACACCCGGACAUGUUCCGCCAUGACCUCGACACCAUCGACGCUCUGCGCCGCGACGCCAUCAACGUCCGCGAAGCCCACCCGAGCGGCAUCAGGAAGCUCCAGAUGUACGCCGCCCAGCUCGUGUGGAUUGGCGGCAAGUUCCCCAUUGAUGUCGGCGCCGACUUCACCUGGUACCCGGCUCUGGGCUACCACACCGAACACCCGCUCGUCCAGAACAACCUCAAGUACGAGCUGAUGAACGUCCUCUACAACCUCGCCGCCCUCUACUCCCAGCUGGCCGUGGCUUCCAACCGCAACAGCACCGAAGGCCUCAAGACGGCUGCCAGCUGGUUCUCCCACGCCGCCGGCGUCCUCACCCACAUCAAGACCCAGGUCCUGCCCGAGCUGCGCAUGCCCAGCCCGCCCGACGACAUGGACGAAACCACCCUCGAGUCCCUCAUACAGCUCUUCCUCGCCGAGGCCCAAGAGUGCUACUGGCAGAAAGCCGUCAUGGACGGGUACAAAGACGCCUCCAUCGCCAAGCUAGCCGCCCGUGUGUCCGACCUGUACAACGAAGCCGGCGAGGCCGCCAUGCGCAGCGAGGCCAUCAGCUCGGCCUGGAUCCACCACAUGAGCGCCAAACACCACCACUUUGCCGCCGCCGCCCAGUUCCGCGCUGCCAGCGAUUGUCUCGAACGCAAGAAAUACGGCGAAGAGAUCGCCCGGUUGCGGGACGCCCUCGCCUGCGUCAACGAAGGACUCAAAGAAACCCGGGGUGGCUACCUCAGCAAAGCCGUCGUCGAAGACCUGCAGGGCCUCAAGCGUCGCCUGGAAGAGGACCUCAAGCGCGCCGAGAUCGACAACGACCGCGUCUACCUGCACAUUGUGCCGCCCAAGACCGAGCUCAAGCGUCUCGACCGCGCCAACAUGGCCGUCGCCCGUGUGCCUCCCCAGGUGGCCAAGCCGUACGAGUUUCUGGGCGACCACAACGCCGAAUUUGGGCCGGCUUUAUUCACCAAGCUCGUCCCCUUUGCCGUACACGUGGCCGUUUCCAUAUACGAAGAGCGUCGCGACAGGCUGGUCAACAACUCCAUCAUCUCCGAGCUCGAGUCCAUGACAUCCCAACUUCACGAAAUUCUUUCCUCUCUCAACCUCCCUGGUUCCUUGCAAGCCCUUGAAAAGCCGCUCGGCCUUCCAGGCACCUUGGUCCAGCACGCCGACGAGAUACGCCAAGCCGACGCCCUCUACCGCCUGCAGCAAGGCUUGACGGACAUUGACAAGCUCUGCUCUUCGGACCUAGCCAUCUUCGAAGAAGGCCGGUCCCUUCUUCUUGCCGAAGAGGAGGAAGACUCUCGUCUCCGUCUAAAGUACGGUACCGAACGGUGGAACCGCCCGCAAUCUCGUCAGGAUCCGUCCCCCAAUGGCGGGGCUAAACUUUGGCGACAGGCCCAAGAUAUCGAAGGUUACUUUGGCUCUUCGACAGCCUCGGACCAAGUAGUCCGCGAGAAGUUCAACGCCGUGAGGGACACGCUCGCCAUUCUUGCCGGGUCAGACCGAUCAAUCAUGGAUUUCAUCCCCAACUCGCGACGGACCGACAUCCCCGAGAGCUUGAAGCCGGCCCUAGGAAGGCUACGAAGCGCCUACAACGACGUGCAGCGUCUUGAGUCCCGCCGGCGCAAGCGCGUCGAAUCUUUGCGCGCUCGGUCUCGUGCAGAUGACAUUAAGCCUGACAUCCUCGUCGAAGCCGCUCGCUUAGAACGGGCGUACCCGACAACCGCCAUCGCGACCGCCCACUUUGAGGACUUCUUCGAGAAACGCCUCGACCGCCUAUACGAAUCAGAGCUGGAGGCCGUGGAAAGGGAUAAGCAAGAGCAGGAGAAGAUUGUACAGGAGGUGAAGAGGGCGAAUAAGGAGUUUGAGGCACAAAAGAGGCAGGUCGAUAGAGCCGGAGGAGGGAAUCGAGAGAGAGAAGAGGCGCUCCAGAAGCUGGAUGCGGCCUAUUACAAAUACAAGGAGAUUGUGAGCAACGUGGAGAUUGUAGAGCAGUGGAGGGGGUUGGUAAGGGGGAGUCUUGAAGAGGAAAUCAACAUGCCCCCUCUGUCCUCCCUCAACAUGCAUCAAUCAUCAUUUUCGUAUCAACAACAACAGCAACAUCACCAACAACCACCACCGCCACCACCACAAAUUCCUUUCCCCGAACCCAUCCAGCCUCAUCAGCCAAUAGUCGAACAAGCGCACAUCCAAAGCUGGGCCGACAACGUGCCACAACAACAGCCGAAGCCAGUAGCUCCUGGGGCGUGGGCACCAAACAUGGGGAUAAAAUUCGGAUCCCCUGUGGCCCAGGGGCAGCAGCAUCAACAAGAGCAGGGGCAACCAGGACCGGUAAACGCUACAUGGGAUCCAUCUCAAGGGAUUCGGGCGGGCAGGAAUGGAGACAGACUGGCCAAAGUCCCUACCGUCCGCCACUGGAAGUGCUACGAAGAAGAAGUCGUCCGCGAAGUCGUCACCGCUGCCUCCGGCAAGGACAAAGACAAGGACAACAGCAACACAUACACCAUCAAGGUUUUAGUCAAGAAGUGGAAGGAUUGCGGCUCCAAAAGUUGUCCCCAGUCGACGUCUUACCAGCCACAUGCACUUGCCUCCAGCUCGUCCAGCUCAUCCAGCUCGGAUACCAAGAAGUAG